CUGUUGCAGGCAUGUGGCGGCCGCAGAGCGCCAACUCGCGCGCGGAGACCGACCUGGUGAACAAAAGCAAGCGCCAGCUGGCCGCCGCCAAGGACCCUGUGGAGCGCCUGCGCCUGCUCUGCCUCUCGCGGGGCACCACCGGCAUCCUGGGCCUCGGCAGGAUCUUCCGGCGCAUGGAUGAUGACGGAAACAAGCAGUUGAACCUUGAAGAGUUCACGGAGGGCAUGAACGACACGGGCAUGGACCUUAACGAAGAGGAGGUGAAGGAGCUGUUCGAACUCUUCGACGCGGACGGCAGCGGCAGCAUCAACAUGGACGAGUUCCUCCGAACCAUCCGCCCGCCCAUGUCGCAGAGCCGGCUGAAGGUGAUCGAGGAGGCGUUCAAGAAGCUGGACCGCACGGGCGACGGCGUCAUCACCAUCGACGACCUGCGCAACGUGUACAGCGUGAAGAACAACCCGCGCUACGCGAGCGGCGAGGAGACGGAGGAGCAGAUCCUCACCAAGUUCCUCGCCAACUUCGAGACGGACGACAAGUCGCGCGACGGGAAGCUUUCGCGACUGACGAAGGGCUCCGAAGGGCGCGCGCGCGUGCGAGACACGCUGCUUGCGCUCGCGCUGAGGGCGCCGCUUCGGCCGCAGCGGCAGAGCGCCGAGGACGGGGAGGCGAAUGAGGAGGAGGAGGAGAAGGAGAAGGAGGAGGAGGUGGUGGAGGAGGAGUAUGAGGAGAGUGAGGACCACGCGGACGGCGACGGGACGGCGCCCGGCUGGCGCCUGCGAAACGACAGCUCCGCGGUGAACAUGCAGGAAAAGGCCCCGCGACACACGAACAGAGCGGGCAAGGUGACAGAAGAGGAAUUCAUCAACUACUACGCCGGCAUCAGCGCCUCCAUCGACCACGAUGCCUACUUCGACCUGAUGAUGAGGCAGAGCUACAAGCUGUGAGCGCCCCGACCCCGCUGCCCUCGCCACCUCCGCGCUGCGACCUAGAUGACUCUUCGGUUUCAUUUUUGUUUUUGUUUUUUUUUAUUUAUUCAACACGAGUUAGUAAUCCAUGUAAAUACACAGAAAUUCAGUUGUUUGAAAUCAAUAGAAAUUCUUAAAUUUAGGCGCUUCGUGACGGGUGAAAUAUGUAAAAUUAUACAUAUUUGCACUAGACAUUUUCCAGGGUAGUGUUUGUAGGAUUCUUUGAUUGGUUGUACUCAAUUAUGUACUUCAAAAAUUACUUCAAUUAUGUGGAUCGAAUGAAGAAUGCGAUGGUAACUUACCCGCAGAAUGAACAAAAAGCUGUGAAAUCGUAAGCGCACAUUUGAGAUGGGAUAUACUAUAAUGUAUACUACCAAGGAAAAAGUAAAGUGGACUGAGAAACGAAGUAACAAUGAGAACGUAUACAAUCAUACGUUUUCUGAGAGAUGAAAUAAUUAGGUUUUUAAAAGCCAAAAAAAUAGGAUUGUAGUUGAAGGUAUGUAAGCGAACUGCACUUCUGUAUAUUUAUUACGACUUUCGUGAAGAGAUUGCAAAUCCUUAGUACGAAUGUAUGAUAAUGUACGAGGUUGAAAUAGAAUGGAAAGCACUGAGUGGCUACGCGAGUGAAAAAUGUAAUCCUGAUAACAAUUGUUAAUUAUCUUGAGCUACCUUAACGUCACAUUGUUUGCAUUUCUAGUGACAAAGAGUAUUGCACUUUUUCUAUGUACUUGUAUAUUACUUAUCUAAAAUACAUAAAUUAUAUGACAAAUUUAUAUUUUUAUUUAUUUCUGAAGACCCAAUCAUCUCACUUAAACAUUUUUUUUCAGAGAUAAUAUUACGCAAAAUCUUUCCCACCAGCAGUCCUCGCAAUCAACACACCAUUAUUUUCAUGCCCGAUUGAAAACAUAUAUCCGUUUUUAUGAAUAUCUAUAAAUACCCAUGUGAGUGCGAAGCAUCUAGCUCAUGUGCAUAGUAUCAGAGCAGGAAAAAGAAUAAGUGUAUGGAAUCACGGAAAUGAGUAUGUACACCUACACUAUGUGAUCAAAAGUAUCCGGACACGUGGCCUAAAAUAACUUUCCAGUUCGUGUCGCCCACCGUCGGUAAUGCUGCAAUUCAAUAGGGUGUUGGCCCACCCUUAGCCUUGACGACAGCUUCCACUCUCGAAGGAAU